AAAUAGUGGACAAGGAAAGCAUCUUCUUUGGGGCGUUGCUUGACCGGCUUUCUCUGGCUCUUGGAAUGACGGGACGGUGUAAUAUGAAUUAAUUAAACCUAUUUAAAACACGUUUCAUAAAUGUAUUAUUUAAUACUUUUGAAAAAAAGAAAUGAUUUCAACCAAAACAUAGAAGUAUUGCUAAUAAAUUAAUGAUUUUGUGCUGGUCGUUGCCUCGUCGGAGGAAGCUCAGGCGGAGUUCAAGUCAGCUUCUUUUUAUUUCUCUUUCUAUAUUUCUAUUGAGAAUUUUCUCUUUGACCCCAUCUUCUCUGUCUCUUUGUUUCUCUGAGUGCUCUGUGCGUUUUGCCAAUGGAGAUGGAUCACAGAUCUGAUUCCGACGAUUCGAAGCCGGCGGAAGACCUCAAACCCACCCAUCCGGAACAAAAGGAAGAAAACCAAGCUGAAGAAGAAGGGCUCGCUUACAGUGAUCCUAAGCCCACCUCCAAUGAUUCCUCCAACACUGGACCCAGAAUGUUGCCAUUAUCUGGAACAAAUGCUACCAUAGGUACUCCAGCUCCGCUUACCAUAUUUUAUGGUGGGAAAGUUAGUGUCUUUAAUGCAAUUCCUGAAGAAAAGGUUCGAGAGAUUAUGUUAAUUGCUUCUGCUGCUAGUGUCGUUAAGGCUGGUGAGAUGAAGAACACUGGGACCAGCUAUCCCUCCAGUCCACUUAAUCCAGGGUCUCCUGCACGGCAAAAUACUGCAACUGCCAUGGGUUCACUGCUGGCCCAGCUCAACCCUGCUCAGAAAAGCUCUCUUUGCAAAUUGCAAGCUGAAUUUCCAAUUGCAAGGAGACACUCCCUUCAGCGGUUCUUGGAGAAGCGUCGGGACAGGUUGGUGACCAAGAGUCCAUAUCCUUCUCCAUUUGCCACCAAAAUGGAUGACAAUGCAAAUCCUGACCUGAGCGCUAAAUCUUCACCAGAUUCAGGUUUCUUCAAACAAUCUCUUACGUCCCAGGAAGAACAUCAAACUGCGCACGUUGCACGAGCUAAUUAGAAAGUCUUCAUUGUAUUAUGGAGAACUUUCUGUCAAUCUUACUACAUAUCUUGGACAUAAUUUAGUGAACUAUUUAUGGUAAUGUUUGACACGUCUUCAGACUUGAUAGACAAUUCAUAACUGUGUCAUGAUAACUUAGAAAAAUAAUGAGAAAUUAAGUUUGUGGCAUUCUAUGUUUGUAGGGAAUAUGUACACAUGUUUGCCUCAAGACACUUGAUUUGUAUUCUAAACUAGAUUUCUUAAUGUUGAUAUUAUUAUAAACUUGCCUAAGAUUGACAAA